AUCCAUUCCAGACAACACUGAUCAUCAGGGCACUGAUGAUCAGUGUGCCCUGAUGAUAAGUGUGGCCACCAGUCAGUGUCCAUCAGUGCCAGCUGUUAGUGCUAAACAGUGCCACGUGCCAGUGCCCAUCAAUGCCACAUACAGUCAGUGCCCAUCUGAGCUGCCUUUCAGUGUCACCCAUCAGUGCCAGUCAGUGCCACCUAUCAAUGCCAAUCAGUGCCGCCUAUCAGUGCCUGUCAGUGCCGCCUAACAGUGCUGCCUUUCAGUGCCCAUCAGUGAUGCCUGUCAACGCCCAUCAGUGCCACCUACCAGUGCCUCCUCAUCAGUGCCCAUCAGUGCCACCUAUCAGUGUCCAUCAGUGCAGCCUCAUUAGCGCACAUCAGUAAAGGAGAAAAAUCACUUAUUUACAAAAUUUUAUAA